AUGUCUCGUAAAUAUUCUUCAUGGGCAUCAAAUCAACCGUCAGCAAAUUCGAAUAUACCACUUAUGAAAUUAACAACAGUCGUAGGCAGUGAACAAGAUCAACUUAAAAAUCUCGAAAGAGUUGAAGCUAUUCCACAUAUGUAUAUAAAUGUGGAUGUACCACCACCGCCAGCAUCAUCAUCAAUGACAAAUAUUGAUACUCGAGCUAUACAACCAACUAUGAUAUCAAGACACAAUUCAUCUUUUUUUGCUGCACCAACUGUUAUAGCAAAUACUCAAACAAAAAUAUGGCCUGUUGAAAAAUCUUCAAAAAAUUCAUCAUUCGAAAGUACAUCAUCAACAUCAAAACGACCUCAUAAACAUAAACAUCAUCAUCACCAUCAUCAUGGUGAUAAACGUAAUCAUCAUCAUCACCAUCAUCAUCAUCAUCAUAAUAAUCGACGACAUCGAGCUAAAAGUGCUGAAUCAAUUCGAAAUCGAACAAAUCAAACAUUUAUUUCUACACCAAAAAUGAUGGUAACCAAUCCACAAUAUAUUGAACAAGACCAACAACAACAACAACAACAACAACCGAUGAUUGUCUAUCGUGAAGUACCUAAUGGUGAAGGUUAUACAGUUGAUAAUACUAAUCGUUUAGCUACUGUACCUUAUGAUACACGAAAUGAAUCAACUUUCGUCGAUGAUCAACAAGCACCUUUUUUUGUCUAUCGUGAUGCUAAUUUUCAACAACAACCACAAUCAAUAGUAACCGAUGGUACUCCUCAACAAUUAUUUUUUAAUCAUGAUCAAGAUGCAUUCAUUCAACAAACUGAACCAUCAAUGUGUCUUCCACAACAACAACAACCAUCACAAAUAGUCUAUUGUACUGACCCUAAUCAACAAGAUUAUUUUUGCACAUUAAAUAAUAACAAUUUUAUUCAACAGUCUAUAUCACCACCACAUCAGCAACAACAACAACAACAACAACUUGUUUGUUUUGAUAAUUUACCAACAAUACAACCAACAAUAAUUAAUCAAAUACCUGUUUUUAAUCCUUUAUCAACAAAUACAAAUUCACAAUCUCUUAUUAGUAUACCACAAUCACAACUUCAACGUACAGCAAGUGUUUUUAUUCAACAACCUCAAUCUCAACCUCAACCGUUACAAAUUAUUCAACAACAACCACAACAAUUACAAGUUAUUCAACAACCUCACCCAAUACAAGUUAUUCAACAACCACAAUCAUUACAACUUGUUCAAAGUUCACAACCACAAAAUGGACAAAUUUUACAAAUUGCUUCGGCGACACCACAAAUUAUUCAAUCUCCACCUGUUCUUCAAACUUUUCAAAUACCAACUCAAACUGUCACAGCUAGUCCACAAAUUCUUUAUCAACGUCCAUAUGAUCCAGUUGUUGUACCAAUUCAAAAUCAACAAAUGGCUGCUAUUGCAAGUCCAUCAGUAUUAGCAUUAAGUCAACCAUCUUAUGCACCAUCACGUAUUAUUCCAGCUACACAAACAACAGACUUACAAGGACCAAAUAUGUUUCGUCAUGCACUUCUACGAACUGUUGCUGGUCGAACUGGUUUACCAAUUUCAACAGCAGCAUCGGGUGGUAAUUGUCUUCCAUUAAUACAAUCUACAGUCGGAGCAUCUGCAACUUCAAAUCCAAGUUUACUAUUAUAUGAUGGUACACAACAAUCGGCAUCAUUGCCAAUUGUACCAUUGACACAAGAUGGUUUACUUAUUCCAUUUCAGUCAUCACAAACUUCAAGAUUAAGAUCUGGUCCAUUUCCAUGUACAGGUGGUUAUCCAUCGAAUCUUCGAAAUUUUGAUGAUAUUCGACAACAAAUUGAACAACAACGUGUUCAAUUAACAAAGAGUUUACGAGAACAAAGUUAUAAUCGAAUACCAUCACCACCUGUGCUUUCUACAGCACCUAGAAAUCAAACUAUUCCAUAUACGUCAGGAAAUCUUUUUUCUUCAGCCACUAGAUCGAGUGAACCUAUCAUUCUGCCUACAUCAUCAACAUCAUAUAUUCAACCAUCUUCGACAGGACUUAACUAUUCUCGACCACCCUAUAUUGGUUCAACUCGUGGAUCAAUUAUGUCAGGUCCAUCGAUUGGUCCUUAUCGUCCUUUUACACCAUGA